AUAUAGGUACGGCUGUUCGUCGUUUAUUACGCGCUGUGUGUGUUCCCCGUUGAAGUGUUCCAAACGGUUCGCGCAAAUGAUGUCAAACGUUUUAAAUCAACGAUGACAGUCAUUGACUUGUACAGUUUAUAUUACAAAACGAACAUUUUUCUACUUUUCUGAAUGCACAACAUAUCGUAUCAUUUAAGAAAUAUCGUCAGUUAAUUUUAUAUAUUUUCGGACUAUGGAGAAUGAACGACAUUAUGGACUACGAAGUGGAAGCAGAUCACGUUCCCAAACUCCUUUGGUACAAAACCGUGCCUUAAUUGAACCAGAGAUUCUAGAACACCAUUACGAUUUGAGAAGUAGAAGUAAAGAGAGAUCUCACACUCCUGGAGAGGUUAGCAGAAGAUCUGCUUCUAGAAUGUCACUUGGUAGCAGUAGUAAGACUAACGAUCAAAGCAUGGAAACGACAUUGGAAAGUAGAAAGGAAAGUUCUGCGCUUGACACUUUGUCAGAGGAGGAAUGUAGGAAACUUGAAAAUACUUGUACCGGUACAAAAAGAGUGGAGCGUCGAUCCGAACGACAGAAGGCGAAGAGACAAACAUUUUCAAACGGUCAGACUGACAAUAAAGAAGAUUCCUCUGGGAGGAAGAACGAGAAAGGUCGUAGAAGCGUUUCUCCGCGUAGGAUUAUUACCAGCGAUUAUUCUUCAGAGGAAGGGGAACGAGAGGAUUCAUCUAACAGACCAAAAUCUGCUCACGAGAUUUAUGAGCAAGCUGGUGAUUGGUGGAAUGUAUUCCCUAAAACAGACUAUACUUACUCGGCGAAGUCUCAGUGUCGCUAUGAAAUAGCGCCCGGUAUAUUAGCAAUGCCAAACAUGUCUCGUCGCUCGAUCCAUUCAGACACGAGCGGAGCGUAUGAUUCGACGAGUAUGGAAAAGGAGAGGGAAUCGGAUGUAAACAUUUCUACACCCGUAAACGAUGCCCACCAGUCGCGUAGUUCGAGUUCCGAAUCAAAAUCAAAGAUUCAAUAUAAUAAAAAGACACAUGUAGAACAGUAUCAUUGUCACAGAGAAGUAGUUUACGCAGUACCAAAAACGUCACUGAGUUCACGUACAAGGCAAUCAUUACGUUCUGACUCGCAAUCAAAAUCUACCCAUUCUCGGAAAUACAAUGUUACGUCUUGUACCGAUUCUGACACAGAAUUGGACGAAGCGAUUACGAGCUACCGUGAUAGAGAAAAAACAAUAACUCGGCGAUUUAUGAAUUCUAUUUCGAUCGUUGUUCUAUGGUUUAGCAAACUGCUUGAAUUUUUGAAGCUGAAAGCAGUUAAAAGAAGAGAAUAUAGUGCUACUUAUGAAUAUCAAAGACACGAAUCAUGGUGGUACAAAAUAUGGCGAUUAGCUCAUCGUUGCUUGCAGUAUGUUUACCUUUUUAUGGUUAAAAUAUUCUUCUUUGAUUCAUGGUUGUUGAACCGAGUUUCUGGCGUUAGAAGAUGGACGCACCAAAGAAGCCCAAAAGUACUUUGGGUCGCUCUACUGCCAUUACUUCUUUUGACUGGUUGUUGGUGCUCACCAUACCUUUCAACGUUGUUCCUUUCAACCAAAGUUAUCGCGCGACAGUUCUGGGAAACGUCGGAGCUGCUUACACCUGGUAAGCAAUCCUACUUGAAGGGGGAAGAGGAAUUAUUGUCGUUGGAGAAAAAAUUGGAGGAAUAUAGUCAACGCACGCCUGAAUUAAACGUAUACGCUCGGAAGAUCGAGGACAUGAAAUUACAAUUCGAAACGCUGAAGGAACUUUACGCACAGUUGCAACCGUGUUGUAAUAAAAAUUUCGUUACCAAAGAAGAUCUGGAGAAACGCAUCGAGGCGAUCGUGGCCGAUCAUUUUGUUAAUAAAGAUUUUCGGGACGCGACGAUGGGAAAUAGGGACAGCGGCGGAGACAAAUUAGUUAGUAGCAACGUUGUAUCGGACGAUCGUGUACGCGAAAUAGUAAAAGAGGCUUUGAGAGUGUACGACGCGGAUAAAACAGGACGCGUCGAUUACGCUUUAGAAUCUGCCGGGGGUCAGAUAAUUAGCACCCGUUGCACGCAAAAGUACGAUAUAAAAACAAGAGUGUUCAAAUUACUUGCAUUAACGCUUCAUCAUGAAAAUAACGAUCCUCGUACGGUGAUACAAGGAAAUCCGAUCCAACCAGGUAUUUGUUGGGCGUUUCAAGGCUUUCCAGGAUAUUUGUUAAUCAAGUUACGCAGUGCCAUUUUCGUGACUGGCUUCACGUUCGAGCACGCGGCAAAAACAAUUUUGCCUAACGGAGAAAUGAGGAGCGCUCCGAAGAAGUUCAACGUUUGGGGUUUCGAAGACGAAAAUGAUCCUGCACCUGUGAUGUUCGGUGAUUACGAAUUCGCCGCAUCGGACGAUAGUUUACAAUACUUUCCUGUUCAAAAUGCAACGAUCGAGAGGCCUUACGAAUACGUGGAAUUAAGGAUACAAAGUAACCAUGGGCAACUGGAAUACACCUGUUUAUAUAGGUUUCGCGUUCACGGGGUACCUGUCUAAGCGAAGAACGCGGAGAAACUGUGCUUUUCAAAUCUGGUGACUAAUAUUGUUGUUUGAAUAAUUGACCGUUUUCACGCUGAUACGUGCCUUCGAUGAUCCUUUUCAGUUUAACAGAGAAAUACCGUCGCGAUCGCGAGAUAAUGUAUUUUGAAACGCGGUACGAAACAAGACGGAUAAAAGAUGGAACUUAAGUUACCGUUACCAUAUACGUAAACAGUAGAGUGCUUGAGCGUUCGAGAAGACUAAAAGUUGAACCAUUACUUUACCAUUUACUUUGGUGCGAGUGUUUGUUGCUCUCUCUCUCUUCCCUUGUUUUACCGUUAAGCACAAAUAUAACGCUCGAUCGAGCAGACGUGAAAAUACGCGGUUGGUUAUUUAAAGUAAUGGAAACAACGAUGUUGGUUGAACAACGUCGUUGCUCGAGAUAUUAUGAAAAGUUAAGUAAGUUGAAUACCUGUAAUAUCCCACAACUGUAAAAUUACGCGACAGUACAAAUUGUAAGGAAGAUACGUGUUUUCUUUAGUAUAAGGUAUAUUUGCAGUGUUUGUACGAUGAUUUUUAUUAUAAUGUAUUUUCGGAAACUUAAUAUAGCAUACUUAAUAAUAUAUGUAUUUAGUUGGGUGCACGUUGCUGGUGCAGAUAUAUGUGUACGUAUGCAUAUGUACACAUUGUUCGAAUGUGUGCAUGUAUGUACAAUAUCAAUCAUAGUGUCCGUUCGUCUAGUGAAUUUUGUAAUUUCAAAUAAAUUAUUGAAAUUCUAAAUUA